UGUCCGUAAGACGUAACGGUAAGAUUGCAACACAUUGGAUUGAGCGACCGUAACCGUAACCAACUGAAUUGAGUACGUGAUUGGUCGAAACCUUACUGUUACGUUUUACGGAAAGUGUUUAUGUAUCCCUCUGCGUCAGUAUUGAAUUCCAUGGAACUGUAAUGAUGGACGUCGACCGAGAUGAACGGGUGCUGCCACGACGUCACCAUACAUAACGGCGGAAUCAUGGAUCCUCGCCAAGUUUAGGCAGAUUUAGAUAAGAUUGAUCGAGUAUUAUAAAAAUCGUACCAUCUCCACGUUUCGGCCACGUAUCAUCGGCGCGAGGACGAGAACAAGAGAUGUCCGGCUUUGACGAGAAUCCCUUCGGGGAGCCUACGAUUAACGAUCCCUUCUCGGAUCCAGCCAUACGAAGAGCAGUAACCUCUACACCUGCUAGUAGAGGAUUGGAAGAUUAUAAUCCUUUUGCCGAGCAAAGUACUCAAGGAACUACACAGGUUAGAGGAGCAGUAAAUCCACCCAUCUAUGGUGGCGUUGGGGCGACACAACAACCUGCUACACUUCAAUCUACUAAUCAAGAAGCACCUCCUCCCACAUAUGCCCGUACUCCUCAGCAAACGGUUAAUGCGGCGCUUGGAAGCACUAUAUCACCUCCAUCCGAUCAACGAGCGGAAUCGGAAUGGAAGGCCAGAGCAGAAGAAGAAAUGAGAAACACCCCAUACUACCCAAGACGAAAUAAUUGGCCGCCAUUGCCAGACAAGUGCUGUUUUCAACCAUGCUUCUAUCAAGACAUUGAUGUGGAAAUCCAUACUGAUUUUCAAAAAACAGUGAGGCAAUUAUAUUAUCUCUGGAUGUUUCACGGCUGUAUUCUGCUGUUGAAUGUAGUUGGAGGAUUUGUCUUGAUGCUUUAUGGCCAGGGUUUCUCGACAUUCGGCCUGGCUAUCUUGUAUCUAAUACUCUUCACUCCAUUUUCCUUUAUGUGCUGGUUUAGACCAGCAUACAGGGCUUUCAAAAAUGACAGCUCUUUCAAUUUUAUGGUCUUUUUCUUUGUCUUCUUCUUUCAAUUAAUCGUUACUGGUAUUCAGGCUAUAGGUAUUCCUGGUGCUGGAACUUGUGGCAUAAUUACAGCAAUUAGUAUGUUUGAUAAAUCGGCAAAAGGUAUUUUCGUCGGUCUUAUCAUGCUCUUCAUCGCUAUUUCUUUUCUUCUUGCGGCUGGUGGUGAUCUUUUAUUGCUUACCAAGAUUCAUCGCAUUUAUCGUACUUCCGAUGCAAGUGUUACAAAGGCGCAGCAAGAAUUCGCUACAACAUUUUUGCGAAAUGAGCAUGUGCAAAAUGCCGCGAGCAAUGUCGCGGCAAGUGCGGUUCGUCAGCAGAUGGCUAAUGCUACCCAGCCACGUUACUAAAUAAUUCUACCACUUAUUUGUCCUACAAAACAUUGUUCUGGCUUUACAUCAUUCAGUAAGUGGAUAGAUCUCAUUAGUUCUACUAUUUAUGAAUUAUAUAAAAUUAUCAUAGAAAAAUGCAAUGUAUUGCAAAACUUUAUUCUUACAAUGAAAUGCUGCGAUGUAUCAACAAAUAUACUUCACGAUCAAAUUUAUUCUUUAAUGUAUUAUUAAAGUUGUACAGUUAAUACUGCAAGAUAUCUCGAAGUAUUAACAGAUGUUUUAAAGAAAUUUUUCGCUAUCAGUGCACUGAAAAUGGUCCUUUUUUCACGUGUCACUUCACACAAAAGGACCAAUAUUUCGACGCACAGACAACAAAAAAUAUUGUGUGUGACAUGUGCGGAUUGGCUAUUGCCCGUUAAUGUAAGUGGACGCACUUGCCUUCGGCUCGUGCGUCGAUAUCCUGUAUUUACGGGCAAUUAGUCGAUUCAUUGUACUAGUUGCACAAAUAUCUAUUUUGAAACCAGUAUGUAUUUUAUUUCUAAGUAUAACAUUUUAUGUGUUGAAAGGAAAUCAUAUUAUACAUAUAACAUUUCUAAAUAAGUUUGAUAUAUUAUUUUGUACUACUGUUUAUCACGUACGUUUAUUUAUGAAAUCUUCUAAGUUGUAAUGAUAUGAGUGAGUUAUUGAUAAUCGUAUCAAUCGUAUUAUAAUUUUAUUAUUACAUAAUUGCUUAUAUUUACUAGCUUUCAUAUUUUAGUGGCACAGUCUCAUGACAAUGUGAUCAUAUCAUAAGUUAUGAAAAUAAUUAAAUUUAUUUUCAAAUCUAAAUAACUGCAAGAUUUGAAUUAUAGGACAUAAUUUGAUUCAUAUUUGUUAAUGUUAACAUAAAUGCUAAUUUACUUAUAAAUAUUCACAAAUAGCUUUCUUACAGACCUUGUAAAACCCUAUACAUUCCUAUUUUUAUGCAGCGUGUUAAAUUAUUUUAUUAUGACUGUUAUUUCUUAAACAAUUCUGUAUUAUAACGACAAAUAUAAUAAUAAUGACAAAAAA